UCUGUGGCGGUAUGCGAUGUUUCAAUUUUCGUGAUUUCAAUUUUCAUAUUUUAUUUACCUUUAAUAAUUAGUACAUACAAGCAUACACAAAUGUACAUUGCAAAUAAUAAAAUAUUUUUUUAUAAAAAUCUUUAGUCCGCUAUGCUCGGAUGGAAUAUUUUUGGAGAAAAUGAGUGAAAUAAUUUUAUAAACAGAGCUACACAUACGUGACGGCAGAAGACCUUGUAGUUACUAGGUAUUAUAAAUUUACGGACAGUUUUCCAAAUGUGUUGUUUCGAUAGAUAAUGGAUCCAAGAAUGUGUAGGAAAAUCAGCAGUAGUGAAAGUCUUCCAGAUGCAGAAAAUGGGGAAUUCGAAGUGUCGACCAUUAUUGCACCGCAGGAGAGUGAGGAGAAUUUUUUAUUGGAGGGCAAUCUCGAACGGCACUCGGUUACAUGGUUGGACGACGAUCAAAUCGAAGACUUAGAUCUUAAUUUAGACCAUACUAACCUAUUUUUUCAUAGAGUCGAUAGUGCAGAUAUAAUUUAUAGGAGCAAGAAGAAAAAAUGUAAAAUGGUAGGCAAGUAUGUGAUGGGCGACGUAUUAGGCGAGGGUUCGUACGGCAAAGUGAAGGAGAUGUUGGACUCGGAGACCCUGUGCCGGCGCGCCGUGAAGAUACUGAAGAAGAGGAAGCUGCGGAGAAUACCAAACGGAGAACAGAAUGUACAGAGGGAGAUCCAGCUGCUGCGAAUACUUAGACAUAAAAAUGUGAUAGAACUAGUCGAUGUUAUCUAUAAUGAUGAGAAACAAAAAAUGUAUUUAGUUAUGGAGUUUUGUGUUGGUGUGCUUCAGGAUAUGUUAGAGUCAACUCCUAGUAAAAAGUUUCCUCAACGACAAGCCCAUGAAUACUUCACACAGUUGCUCGACGGCUUAGAGUAUUUGCACGGCCAGGGAGUUGUACAUAAGGACAUAAAACCUGGAAAUUUGCUUCUAACUUUGGACCAAAUGUUGAAAAUCACUGAUUUUGGUGUUGCCGAAGCAUUGGAUAUGUUUUCUCCAGAAGACACGUGUUACACAGGGCAAGGCUCGCCUGCGUUUCAACCACCCGAAAUUGCAAAUGGAGCUGAACAAUUCUCGGGCAUUAAAGUUGAUAUAUGGAGUAGUGGAGUCACAUUAUAUAAUAUGACGACAGGGCGGUACCCUUUCGAAGGCGACAAUGUGUAUCGGCUAUUGGAAGCGAUCGGGCGGGGGGAACCCGCGCCGCCGCCGCAGAAUCUGGCGCCUUCACUGCAAGCGCUUCUGAUACACAUGCUGAAGAGGAAUCCCGAUGAACGACCUAAUGUGCAGGAGAUUAGGCGGCACGACUGGGUUCGCUCGCGGCCGCCACUAUUGUCGGGCGAGACGCUCGUGGGGCCUCGCUCGCGGCGCUCGGACGAACUGCACAGCUCCACCGUCAUCCCCUACCUCGUGGAGCGACACUACGCUUCCGCGCACCACUUCUUCACGGAACGGGAGUUGCGACACGAAUUAGGUGACGGCGGCUCCCGGACUAUGUCUACCGCGGAGCUGUCGGACGCUGAGUCGACGCAGUGCAAGCGGCGCUGGCAUUCCUCCUGUGGGCGGCUGCCGUCUUGCCGGCUCACGUGAUCCUCGCACAACUAACAACAAACCUUAUUGAGCAAGUACAUAGGAGCUAUUUUUCAUUGCCGCUCGCUGUCGAAUCAUGUUUUAUGACUGUUUCUGUUGACUAUACCUAACUCGAUUGUAAUACAAUAUACCACACGCAAGCCUUAUUGUCCGAGAGCUGGUGAACAUUUUUAGAGUAUGUAUUUGAAAUUGUGCUUGUGUAAUACUUAUUGAGUUGUAUCGGGAUACAGAAAUGCAUUCCGGACUAAAGGGUGGCGGUCUGGUUAAAAAAUUUAAGGGUUGAUUAAAAUUUUUUUAUCAGACGUUUUACCAUUACUUCAAUAUUUAAUUUUGCCAGUCAAUUGCAAAGAGAAAAUAAAAAGAUGUUCAUUUUGAUGGGAAACAAUUUACUUCUUAAUUUUGAGAGUUGAUAAAGCUUCAUCCUGUGCAUUGCAUUUUUGUAAUCAGAUAUGAAAAAAAAGUAAUUAAAGUUUCAAAUGCCACAAAUACCUUCUUAAAAUUAUGCACCAGCUCUUGUACUAAGUAUCAAAUACAGUUCAAUAGACCUUGAGCCGCAUAUGUACAUUGUUAUUAAUAUAAUUGAUACAUAGCUUAUUAAGUAUUUUGUACUGACAUAUUGUAUCGAUGUUUGUUAAAUUGACUUGUAUUUGGAAGAUCGAAGCAAUGGCGAUGACUGGUGAAGCAUGUCUAAUGUGGAUUAAAUAAUUUAAACAUUGAACCAAAAUCUGCUGUAGCCAGACAUACCUUAUAUUUUUUGAGAGCCGAAAGUCUGUCAGCGUAUGCUCCUACGGUAGCCAAUUAUAAGAGUUUAGAUCCUGGUGGCUUUGUAAGAUAUCAGGUUUAAGGAUCCCAAUCUUCAACUGUCCAAAUAUAAAGUGUAUUUUUUUUACAUAUUCCUCAACAUAAUAUGAGAAGUCAUGUCUUCAGUCGUCAAUCAUUUAUUUUUAUUAAGUCUUACUUUGAGGCUAAGUAGUGAUGCGUGUAACGUGUAAGUAUAUUUAUUUAUAUUUAGUUACACGGCAAUUCUUAAACACCGUUACAAGAUAGGCGUCCACUUAUCAGCCUCGUACGUAUCGGACGCAUCGCUUCAAAUAGGAUUUUUAAUUUUACGGUAAAUAAAAUCCAUUCGAUGCGAUCCGCACGACGCGGAUCAGUGGACGCAUUUGUAUGACUUUCUAUACAAAGAAUACUAAAAUCUGUUUGAUGCGAUGAAAAUUAAACAAUAGUUGACACGAAGCUAAGUGUCUGGCGACUUAAUUCCUCAUGAUAUCCUGUACAAAAUAUAAAAAAUACGUUUUAUACUCAGACAAUUUAGGAUCUGGAACCUUAACACCUGCUACCAAAACCACUAGGAUCCAAUCUCCUUAAUAGGCAUAUGGUAAUCCAAUACAUAUGGUAGGAGUAACUGACAAAUCUUUGGCCCUUAUAAAUUCAGGCUUUUGCAGACUAACAUUUUAUAUUUUUUAAUUGCUUUAUUCCUUGUUGAUUUAUAAAGUUUAAAUGCUUAAACCAUCAUGCGCCAUUAUUGUUGAGGUAUUUUAACUUGAUACAAAUUAUGGAAUAAUUUACUAUAGUCAAUCUGUUCCCAGAAGCGCGGUUGGCUUUGGAAUGUAGUAGAUUUUGAGUGUAUCAUUAAACUGAUGGUUGGUUUCGUUAAUAUUUAAAGUGCCUUUAUAAACAAAGAGCCAGCGACAGACAGACAAAUUUCAUUUUAUAAAAGCUGUAAGUUUGUCAACUCAUGGCCCUGGUAAGUACGAUAGAGAAUUUGGACCGUGUUUACUUUGGGAAGUCGCUAGAGACCCUUAAAGUUUUACCUCACAUUGUGUUUUUCAAAGGGUUGCCCUGUAGCUAUGUGACUGACAAUUAGGGAUAUAAUUUCUAAUAUUAUUGUACCGGGGAAAAUAUUUAAAAAAUACACUUUGUGCUUAGACGAUCAAGGAUCUGGAUCCUUAAAUCCUACUAACUACGGUACAAACUCCAUAAAUGACUACUUUACUACUUGACAGACAGCGUGUUGGUAUGUAAGGGCUUCUGCACAUCACGUUUUUUAAACGCGCCGUCGAUGCUCUUUUGAAGCGAUACAAACGCGAUGUUAACACGCGUGUGUAUUAAUACAAACGACAAUAAACUGCUCUGUAGGAUAUAAGCGUGCCGUCGAAGCACGUUUCUAAAGCGCAUGUCAAGCAACAAAGCGUCUAAUAAACGUGGUGUGCACUGGCCCUAAAACUAAAACGAAUCCUCAGUUUAUACACACUUGAUCUGAUGAUCUUGAUUUUACGAAUGUACCGAAUGUACGAAUUGGGGAUUCGUAAGAUCGCGACCGACUCGAGCUUCAACGCCAAUUUACGAGUAAACGCGGGACAAGCGCGGAUUUCGUGUGCUCGUUUUUUUGUCGGUCGUCUCUAGUGCUCUUUUAGACGGGAAGCCCUUAGAAAUUGCUUAAAUAGCUUAUAGGCUAGGACUGACCACAUUUCCAUAAGCGAACCGGACUUUCAUGAAUAGAUUGAUUAUACGUACAAAUACUUUGAUUGAUUAAUUGAAUGAUGUUAUAUUGUUAUGUAACCAAAUAUUCGUCAAGUAAAUGCUACUCAGGGUUGCAUUAUUUGAAGUUGCAUUUCGCUACUCGCAUUUAAAGAAAUGUUGAUGAAUUAAACACAAAGUACUUUGGCUCCAAGAUGUGAGGAUCAUGAACCCCACCGACGGAUGUCAUCCGAAUGUUAUCUAUAGGAUCCUCUAAUUCCAAUCUAGUAAUUACAACUAAUUACUAAUUACAAAUAAGUCUCAAUAGUGCAACGGUUGUGGCUGAGUUCAAGGUCAUACUUUCGAACCCCGUCCGUUGGACUAAUGUCGUACCCCACAAGAAAGUCCUUCCAACUAAUUGAAAGAGUAAGGGAAUAUUGGUAAAUUAAAAAAAAUACUAAAAAUUGUUUUUAAAAACAAAAAUAACAAGAUUUCACAAAAGUGAAUAAAUAAAGGAAAAAAAUUGUAACCUUAUAUCUUCUACUUCCGAUGUUUAAAAAAUAAAUUAUAAAUAAUAAUUAUUGCAGAAAAUAAUGAGAUAAAUAAAAUACUACUUUUUUACUAUCGCAGAUUCAUGAAUUUAAAAGUUUUUUAAAAGAAUACAUUCCUACACUUAAUAUGUAUUCUGUACAAAUGUAAAAAACAUAGUUUUUUACGUUUACGUAAUGAAUAAUAUACACUGGACAUCUUGAUGGCGUAAUCAUUGAAAAAGCAAAACAUCGCGAGGUCAUUUAUAAAGUAAACUACAAAGAUUUUAAUGAUGUCAUACGCAUUUUUAGCAAUGUAAGGGUUCAUUUACACGAGCAACACGUUGCCAACGAUAGCUGGCAACUGCUACCGACGACUGUAGUCGACGGUAGCAGUUGCCGUUGACUGCCGCUAAGACGUCGGUGGCUGCAGUCGACUGCCGUCGACUGCCGCUGAGACGUCAGCGACUGCAGUCGACUGCCGUUGACUGCCUGCAGUCGUCGGUAGCAGUUGCUACUCGUGUAAAUGUACCCUUACACAUACCAUGCGCUUGUAGCAGUCUGCGAUGAACAUUACAAAUUCAAUAGAACUGGAAUUUGUAACACUUCAAUUGAAUUGGGACGUGUCAAAAGGAUUACUUUGUAAACAUUGUUCAAUACAAACGUGAUGGCAGAAUAAAGUGGAAUGAAGGUUCCUAAGUAAUUUAGGUUUCGAAGGAUGCCAAGAUUAAUGGCUACUUUUGUAUUGUUAAAAAACCGGCAUGUUGAGUCCACGGUUCAAGAACGCAUCAAUAAAGAACAAGCAUAGUGUGAUAAAUUUUGAAUACCUAACCUCAUGAGCUUAAGCUUAAUAAUAGUUAUUCCUGUGUCUACCUUCUAUAUAUGCUCGGGAGUAUUUCCCAUAACUCCGAGGUGUUGACGAGUCCACUUAUAGGAACCAAACCGCAUACCUAAUAUUUUUAUAACUAAAAAAUAAAAACUUUUAAAAAAUAUUUAAAACUUUUAUACAAAGUAAUUCAAAUAAUUCCGACUAUCCAUGUAACACACGCCUUUAUCCUAUCCUUGCAAUUUGAAAUUUUAAAAUUUGGCUACAACAUAAUUAUAAGGAUGCGUAAAAGGGACACAUUUUAAGAUCUAAAUAAAAAGAAGAAAAGAAAUAUUAUUUACUCCGAAAUUUUAGAUCACAUGAAAAAUGUUCUUAGAACAUUUUUAAUUUAUUUUCGAUAAAGAAAAUAAAUAACCUGAGAGUUAUAGGAAAUACUCCCCAGCACCCUGUAUAUACAUCAUUGGAUCUUAGAUCCUUUUUAAAAACAGCCCAACCAUGACAGCUUCUUCAUGAUAGUUUAGAUGUUCUUAUGAUUAUUUAAGUCCCUUAUUUAAUUCAAUCAGAUGGCUGAAAACGAAUCGAUUUAAACGAAAAAAAUUUUAAUGUCAGGGGUUUGGAAAAAGUGUUAUAUUUAUUAAUGAAUGUGUUUAAAUACCAUCGCGUACCAACCCAAAUUACAAAUGUAUCUAACGAAUUUAGCCUAUCUUUGAGUAGCGUGGAACGAAACUAAAUUACAGUUAUUAGAUUCUUGAGUCUCUGAGGUUAGACGAACAGACAGACAGUCAUCGUUAUACUAUAAACUCAAUAGUGUCUUAUGUCCAUUGAUACUAAACUUAGGAACCCUUAAAAUCUGAAAGUUUCGGCCUUGACUCUUUGAAAAAUUCACCUUUUCAAUUAGCUAAUAACUCAGACCAAUUAUUGUAUAGGACCUGCCUCGCUAGACGUUACUUUUCUGUCAAAGUAUAUGAUCAACGAUCUAAUGCGAUUAUAAAAACUGUCUCUAUAGAAUCGAUGUUAAAUAGUUGUAAUCGUGUUCGUCGGUUAAAGAGCUCCGUAAAAAUACCGUUUUGUGUAAUUGAAUUGUGUAUAAAACGGGCAAAAACUUCUAGUUUAGUAUAAGAUAUAUACAAAAUCUAAGCUCGUUUUCCUCAAAAAAUGACAGACGAUUUUGUUUGUGACUAUGGGUGCGAUACAGGUCCUUCUAUGUAUAAUUGGUCUGAGGCAAAUAAGGAUAGUUCAUUAAUAAAUAACAAUUUACAUCUUGGCAAUAUUCUAUGUCAAAAGCACAACUUCCAUGCAUCUAUGUACAAUAAUGCAUACGAGCAUGGGUUUAUUGUAAGGAUUUUCAAAAUUUUAACGUAGAUUAUUAUAUUAUGGAUUUUAUAAAAUUGUUCAUGACCAUUAUUGCUAAUUAGGUGUGAAAAAGAAGUAACUAUUUUUAUAAUUAUAAAGAGCAAAGUUUUUUAAAUCGCUUCAAACUUUAAUAAUUAUUUAAAGUCAAUAUUGUAAUAACAAAAUAUAUAAAAUUAGGACAAUAAUAUUGUAAAAUAAAAUGUAGUGCAAUAUUUUUCUUAACAUUUAUUAGAUGUAGUGAAAUGCGACUUCUUUUUGAACAAAAAAAAAGAAAUAUUUAAAAACAAAAUGUAGUUGCUGUUGCAAUAAACUAAACAGUGGCAAUAAAAUGUAGAUUAAAAACACACGAAAUUCUGUAAUAAAAAAAAAUAGUAACAAUUUUUUUUUUAAAUAUUAACCUAAGAGUCAAAGGGGCUGUAUCGUAAAUGCCUAAAAGUAGUAAUAGCUCGGUUGUACCAACGGAAUACAUUUUUCUAUUCCAUUGUCAUACCGCUGCGCUGUGAAAAAAAAAGCAAGCAAGUGAUAUCUUCUCGUAUAACCAACAUUAACAAGUGUCUUAUAAAGUAGUGAUUUAAUAGAAAAAUAAAAAAGUUUCUUACUAAUUACACAUAUGUACUUAAGUAAUAUAUUCUAAACGCUCCGAUUAAUAUAUUCCUUACUAAUUCUAGAUAUGGGUAUUCUACUUUCGGAAGGGUUUCACUUGGGUUUUAACAGUAAGAUGUGUACAGAAACGUUGUCUGUAAGUGGUUGAUAAGCAGGUUUUUGGUAAACGGGUUUCGUUAUCACACGCCUACCCCUGUAUAAAAUAAUGUAGCAAUGCGUUUCCUCUGUGCUGACACAGUACCCUGUUUACACACAGAAACGUGUUUGUGCACCUUACUACUGCAUCCAAAGGUUGUCUUCCUGAAAUAGAAUAACUAUAACAUUAUAAACAUAACGAUAUAGCCCCUGUAUAGCCUUUAGGUUUGCUAAAAACACUUAAUUUUAUCAUCAUGUGUGUUAGAGUUAAAUGUUCAUUUUUGUAAAUGAGUAAUUGCCUUAUUAUUAAACGUAGAAAAUAGAUCAAUCUAAUGAAAAGGUCCAAUGGAUAGGAAGGAAAUUUUACUUAUAUUUAAAUAGUUUAUAGGUUAGUUGAUCUUUUUUAUUCCACGUUUAUUAAUAAUGCGAUUUUUAGAACAUGUUGCAAACGAAAUGUAAUCGAGUGUUAUUCAUAUUUCUCCUUGAAUGUGACCAACGCAAAAAUGAAUUGAGCCAUGUCAAUAACUAGCUAUGUCUCGCAGUUGCGUUUGCGUCUAAAAUACAGAAUGUCCCGUAAUUAUUAUUAAUGGAUCAAACAGAAGUGGAAGAUGAAGAUACAUCACUUAAUUAUGUAAAAAUAAUUGAGAUAUUUAGAUGAUGUAUGUUUAUUUUGGGACAUCCUGUAUAUCGUUUAUAUUAUUUUACGAGUUUGUCUUAAACAUUUAGAUUUUAAAAAAUAAUCAUAUGGACCAAUUCACUUUUGUGAUAUUUACAUUGAACAGGAGUACUGAAUAAUAAUUAUUAUUACUAUAAACUUUAGUGUUCCCAUUUUGUGUUAAAUGUUAGUAUUUUAUAAUAAAAAAAUUAACUCAUGUUUUGUCCAAAAGUAUCAUCCUAUAAGUAUAAAGUUUGGAAUUCAUGUAGACAAAUAAUCUGAAAUUCAAAUUAUUACAAACUUAUCUCGUUAUUCAAGACACCUCACUUUUUCGUCAAUUAUUAACUUUUGAUAAUUAACUGCAUUCAUUUUUAUAAUCUUAACGGUAAUAUUAUGUAUUUUUUCAUUUAAUUACUCUUAAUUUAUAUAACUCAUUACACAUUCACAUUAUUACGUUAGUUAACAUAAUAUUAAAAAAAUUAUUUAUGAUUUCUGUCUUUUUACUCGUAGUACACUCAAAGGCUUAAGUUGGUCCCGUCCAUCUCAUUUGGAGAUCUGCCGCGUGGUCUAAUUCUCUCAACUCUUCUUUGAACAACAAGAUGUUCAUUCUAGAUACGUAUGGGAGCUUGUACCCAGUGGUGUAAUUGUAAACCAUCUGAGGCGUGGCGUAUUCAUUGGAUGGGCUCCCAGAAAUAUCGUCACAUUUUUUUAAAUGUUAGAUUACUUUUGUGCUUAUGACCUCGCACGCUAUGAACCCUUAUAGUCUGGCAAGUUCGUUGAUGACACUGCCAUGAUAUGCGGGCGACGGGGGGAAAGACUGCGCGGGUGUGGAAUCGUGCGUGCGGGGUAGUGAGGUGCAUCUGUCGUGGGUUUUUCAUUCAUCGCUACACGCCCCCCGGCCCGCGCGGACAAAGUUGCCAAGCUAUGUGCUCGUGGCAUUUUUCCACUCCACCACUCUGUAGUUACGCCAAUGCUUGUUCCCUAGAUGAUAGUUACUUGUUAGUGUGAUAUGCUGUCUGAUAAUAUUAUUUAUCCUAAAAAUCUCAAAACACCAAGCGAAGGUUGAAUCACGAAGUCUAAAUUGUGUAGUCAAAUUACAUAUACAUUAGUUAUCUUGAGAUCAUUUUCAAACAAGUUCAUAUCUAUUUAAAAUAUAACCUGCAAUUUAUGAAUAGCUAUUGAAUGGAAUUGUACAAGAGCAUUCUUUCAUAAAUGCAGCGCACUGUACCUUCAAUAAAGGCCUAGUUCCCAUUGUUGGAUUCCACGGCCAUUGUAUCGGUACACAGCGAAUUACUUGACACCGCAUAAUACGUACAGGCUUAUUGGAAUUGGAACGUUAUUUAUAACUAUGUUUAGAGCCGUGAUAGCCCAAUGGAUAUGACCUCUGCUUCCGAUUCCGGAGAGUGUGAGUUCGAAUCCGGUACGGGGCAUGCACCUCCAACUUUUCAAUUGUGUGCAUUUUAAGAAAUUAAAUAUCACUGUGUCUCAAACGGUGAGGGAAAAACAUCGUGAGAAAACCUGCAUACCAGAGAAUUUUCUUAAUUCUCUGCGUGUGUGAAGUCUGCCGAUCCGCAUUGGGCCAGCGUGGUAGACUAUUGGCCUAACCAUUCUCAUUCUGAGAGGAGACUCGAGCUCAGCAGUGAGCCGAAUAUGGGUUGAAAAUGAUGAACCCAGUCAAACUUCGCUUGACUUGUUCCACUUGACAACUUCACUCUUGGCUGGUACAGUUGAAAAGCAACCAAUAAGUUAUCGUCAACUAACAGAAACUUUAGCCGCUUCUGUAAUAGAUUAUUUUUGGCACCUUAACACAUUCGCACACUGUGCUUGGCAAUUUCGUUGGGGGCGUGUAGCGAUGAAUGAAUAGUCCACGACUGAUGCACGUCACUUUCCCACACGCACGAUUCCACACCCGCGCAGUGUCUCCCCCUGUCGCCCGCAUAUCAUGGGAGUGUUAUCAACGAACUUGCCAGACUAUAAAAAAAUCAUCCCCACUACAUGCAUGUAGUGAUAGCCCAAAAAACAACGUUUUUAAUUGAUAUACUCAUGUUAAAUUACAGCUUUAAGUGCGAGUGUGAAAGUAAUAAAAAUUGGUUUUCAUUUUUUCCCUUUUAAAGCGUCACAUCUGUUUAUUUUUUCAUUAGUAUAUCAUAUUUUCCGGUAGGUAGGGGUCAUUUGAUAAUUACUAGCUAUAGCCAUCUAUGUUUUGCAUUUUAUGUAAACAAAAUCGGCUUAGUGUCUGAAUUUACUUAUUUUGUUGUGAAAUAAUCAUGUUAAUGCAGUUAUAUGAAUAGGCUGUAUUUUUAGCCACGUAAUGAGAUUUACCAUAUAAGUAAUUUUCCUUUGAAAUAAAUUAUUCAGUUUUGUAGCGAUAUUUAGGAAUUUUGACGAAAAAGUGAGGUGAUCGUUUCCUUGUACCCAAAUUGUUGUGUGACGCUUGACGGACGUACUCGUAUGUGCACACUGCACAGUGCCUGAACUGAUUAUGAGCAAUCUAAUACGGAUUACAUACAAAAAAAUAUUAAUAUAUUGUAAAUAAAAUGUCAUAAGAAUUGUA